AUGAAAUAAUUUUAAUAAUAUACUAAUUGGAUUAUAUGUCUAGAUCCUGAUAGUCAUUAAAUUUAUUCGACCAAUGGAGACAUGAUCAUCAUAGAAAGCAAUGUGGAUGUUGACUACAAAAAUAAAUGUGAACACGCUCUAUUAGAUAUGGAUUACAUUCUGUAUAAUCAUGAUAAUAUAGCACAUUGGUUACAAGAUUCAGCAGAAGUUGAAUAAUAUAGAAGGAGAACUAUCCCUUCUUAUCUUUUGCAUCCCAAACAAUAGCAAUAUAGAAGAUAUUUAGUAGAAUCUAAUAUGGGAUUCUCAUUUAGUAACAUUUACACUAUAAAAUUUAACAUCUAUUGUAAAUGUAGCAAUGAUUUCUUGAAUGGUAAACAAACUAAAAUUGAAUUCAAUCUCAUGACAAGUGCAGAUGAAACCAUUUAAAUGAUCUUAACCUAAUUUCAAUACGAAUCCUCAUCUUCCAAUUAAUUCAUUUUAUAAGUAGAUGGAUAUUAAGAAUAUAUAUAUGGAGAACAACCUUUAUUUUAAUUUACACGAAUACGCAAUAUUAUUAGAGAUACUUAAGUCUUGAAUACUAUUCUAAUUGAUUAUUUGCCAUCCAAUAAUUUUGAUUAUCCUCCUAUUUAUCAAAGACCUAAAGAUAAUUAUGAACUUAUUAAUGAUUGGAAUAAAUAUCUAAAUGUACCUGUUUUUAUAUGGUUUCCUAAAUAAAAGAUACUCAACUAAUAGGUCAACAUCUUAAAACAAGUAAUAUUGACUUAUAUCAUAGAAUAGAAUUGUUAAUGAUCUAGAUUUCAUUUAUUCAGGAUAAUGUGAUUUCUAUUUCAGUUUCAAAAUUAUUAAAAUUGAUUAACUUAAAAAUUUGUUCGAAUCUGAUUUUGAUCGACUUGGUAAAAAGAGAUCAACAUAUAAUGGAACAACUAAAUUAAAUAAUAUUACUAAAAAUCAACCAUCAUAAAUUAAUAAAAAUAAAAAUAUUCUUAUGUUUCAUAAAAAACACAUAUAAAAUGAUGAACCAUUCAUUCCUAAUAGAUAUAUAUCCUUUGGAGGAAUAGAAAAUAGAAAUUACAUUAAAUAAAUUUAAACUCUAUUCAAUCUUAAUUUCGAACCCUAUCUAAUUUCUAUUCAAACAUCCUUGUAUUAUGGUGAUAAAUUACUAACCAAUUCAUCAAUCAAAGAAUCAUAACUUAUACCAUUUUCAUUUUCACCUACAUUCAAUGAAUCAAUUAAAUUUACCCAAAUUAAAUAUUCUAUGCUACCUUUAGAAGUCAAAUUAUGCUUUAGUGUAUUAAUCUAUUCCGCUCAUGGAGAAUCAUAAAUUAUAGGAAGUACUAGUAUGUAUUUGUUUGAUCACAACUCAAAAUUUAAACAAGGAUUGUAAAACAUUAAUUUAUGGCCUUUUUAUGAUAUUAAUCCUAAAAUUGGUUGUUUUUAAGAUUUUAAAGGUGAAAUCAACCUAGAUAACAAUUAUAAAAGAUGUAGACCUAAAUGCUAUAGCUAUUUAACCAUUAAAAUGGAUUGUUUUCAUUCUCCAUUUAAAUGGUCUUUAAGAGAUCAAAAAUUUUAAUAAUUUCAAGGAAGUUUGAAAGAUUGUUUAAGUGUGAGACAUUAUGCUGAUUUAGUCAGAUCUGAUUCACAAUUAUAAAAGUAAAUUGAAAAUAAAAAGAAUCAUCAUUUUAUGAAAGAUCAUAAAAUGCAACUUGAUUUUGAUAAAACAACUGGGUCCGUUAUAUAAUAAAAUAAAAGAAAAGGAAUCAGUAUCCUUUAAAAUGCAGAAAGCUAAAGAUCAAGUAAUUUCUCAUAAUUAGCUAGAAAUUCUUUAAAUAAUUUUAUACAACAUUUUAUGUCAAAUAGAAUGACUGCUAAUUAUUAUAAAGAAAAUAGCGAUAGACUUGGUCUUGCAUAUCCAUACAAAGAUAUUGAUCAAACACCAAAAACUGAAGAUCUUGCUUAUUUAUAAACAUUAUUAUCGGCCACAUCAUUAGAUAGAGUACAUUAUUCUUAAUUGGAUAAGUUUUUAUUAAUGAUUUGCCGUCAUCAUUACAAAACAUUACCUUAUGCAUUAUAAUUAUUUUUAAAGGCUGUAAAUUGGGCUGAUCCAAAAUAAGUACGUGAGGCUCAUUAAAUGAUAAAAGAAUGGAUUGCAUUACCACCAUAAAUAGCAUUAAUUUUAUUGGAUUCUCAUUUUCCAGAUGAAAUAGUUCGAUUAUAUGCAGUAGAUAGAAUAAGUCUUUUAUCUGAUGAUGAAUUGAGUUUAUACUUAUUACAAUUGAGUUAGGCUUUGUAAUUUGAGAAAAACAUAUAUAAUCCAUUAGGAGAAUUGCUUUUAGAGAGAGCCUCAGCAAAUCCUUUUUAGAUAGGAUAAGAAUUAUUUUGGCUUUUGAAAUCUUAAUUAAAUUUAAAACCUUCAUUUUUACGAUAUUUUAUAUGGUUGGAAUAAUUGAUAAUGAUAUGUGGUUAAUUUCGAGAGACAAUAGUAAAGGAAGUAAGAUUAAACAAUUUAUUAAUGGAAUCAUCUGUCAAAAUAAAAAGUAAAUAAUUUGGUACUGAAAUGAAUUAAAAGACUGAGGCAUUAAAGAGAGAAUUACAACAGAUAUCUUAGAAUAUAGCAUAACCAUUUACAUUUCCAAUAGAUGCAAGAAUGUAAAUAGCAAAUUUUGAUAUUGAUUAAUGUAAAGUUUUAAAUUCAAAGAAACUUCCAUUAAAAUUAUAUUUGAAAUCUUGUUAAGAAUCAAUUAACAAAUAAAUAAAUUAAUUAUAAGUAAUUUUUAAGAAUGGAGAUGAUUUAAAAUAAGAUAUGUUAACUUUGUAGAUAAUAAAGAUAAUUGAUACAAUAUGGUUAGAUUCCGGAUUAGAUUUUAAGAUGAAACCAUAUAAAGUGAUUGCAACUGAUGAUUAGGUUGGAAUGAUAGAAGUUGUGUUGGAUUCAUUAAAUAUUUCUGAAAUACAUGAUAAGAUAGGUGCAUUUGGAGCAUUUGAUGAAAAAGCUCUUAUUGAUUAUUUGCAUUAAUAAAAUCCAAAUGCUGAAGAUUUUAAUAAAUCUAAAGAUAUAUUCCUAAGAUCAUGUGCAGGAUAUUGUGUAGCAACGUAUGUAUUAGGUAUAGGUGAUAGGCAUAGUGGAAAUAUUAUGAUUAAAUCAAGUGGACAUAUAUUCCAUAUAGAUUUUGGACAUUUCUUAGGGAAUUUCAAAAUCAAAUUUGGAAUUAAUAGAGGUAAAAAGUUAAUAACAUUAUAGAAAGAGCUAAAUUUGUAUUAACACCUGAAAUGUUAACAGUGAUGGGUGGUUAAGAUAGUGAGACUUUCAAAUAGUUUGAGAAACAUUGUUUGGAUGCCUAUAAUUUAAUUAGAAAACAUGGUAGAUGGUUGGUUGAUUUAUUUUUAAUGAAUUUAACAGCUGGAAUUCCAGAAUUAUCAAAUGCAGAAGAUGUGAGAUAUUUGUAAGAUAGAUUAGCCUUGAAUCUAUCAGAAUAAGAGGCAACAAUGAAAUUUAGAUAAGAAAUAAUUACGUCAAUUAAUGAUAAAUGGAGAAGAGUGGACAACUUUUUUCAUACUCUUAAAAGGAAAGGAUGA